UUUUAUCGAUGGGCUUGAUGGUUCGGUCAUUUGCUUAAUUUGUGUUCGAACUUGGGACGGUGAACACCGCCCCUUUCAGUGAAGCGAACCAUAAGCUCAGCUGUUCUUCUUCAACCUUUCUCACUCAUCUCCUUCUUCGCGAAAAAUGUCGAACCUCAGUCUCCUCCGUAAGGCUCUGGGAUCCAAUUUCAUUUCUCGAUCGGCGACGGCAAAUCAUGAACUUCCUCUGUUUUUCCGCCAAUCUCCAAGAUUCUUCUCCACGGAACAGGAACAAGCCCCACCUGAGUCCUCCCCCAAUCGUUUUUCCGAUAAAACAAAUACAGAUGGUUUGAGGUUUGGGAAAUUGGUCGGUGCCUCACGGAGUAUGCUAAAAUCGGAUGUGCUCAUUUUGCUUCAAGGAUGUAAUUUGAGUUUUGAGGAUGUCAAAUUUGAAUACGUCCGAAAUUUCGUCCCGACCUCCAUAAUGAUCCAGUUCCCCUCCGAGCAGGCCUAUCAAAAUGCUUUUCAAGCGAUUGCAAGAAAAGGUUACUUGCAAAGAAUGGAGCGGGCUGAUCGUUCGCAGUGGGAGCUGCUUUCACCUUACAAUGGAAAAACUAUUGAGGAUUGGCAAAUGGCAACCUUCCUAGCUUUAGGUUUUACUAGAAGGAAUACCUCGAAAUGCAUUGGUAGAAGAUCUGGAACGCUUCUUAUCUGGUUGUGACUAUGAUGCAAGCUCAAUCAACUUUUACAGGGGAUCCUUUUCAGCCCCCACAAAAACGGCAACGGUGCAGUUCCGUUCACCAAUACAAGCAAUGCAUGCAUUUCUCACAAAAAACAGAGGCUUUUGUCUGAACAACCAAAUUUCGAUGCGAGUUCUCCAAUAACUAGUAACUUUUUGUCAUUUGUAUUCUGACUUUUUUUUUAGUUGGCUCAGUGGCUGGGGUUUUUGUAGUUGCUCUUAUAAGUUAUGAUUUGCAUCUUCGUAUCUCAAGUCUCCAGUAGGUUAUCCACAUUCAAAGUGACAUGAAAUCUUUCAUUUUUCACUUAUUAGCAGUUUGUUUGUGCUAAAGAAUCUGCUUUUGUAAGGUAGGGUUUUUGGACUUUUGAAUAUUGAAUUUAUAUGAAUAAUAUAAGGUUGUCCAAGCAUCUAGUUUUACUAGAUUGUGUUUCUUCAUUGCAA